AUGAGUCACGGCUGCGAACAAAAACGUUCACCACCGCAAUCACUUCAGGCGGCCUGGCAAGUGUACCCCCUUGUGAUUAUACGCCCCGACUCCGCCCCCUCCCCCAAUCCAACCGAUCACAUGUCCAACCUUCAACUGGACAUCCCCCUCUGUUGGUAGGGUCAUGUGACACCCGCGUAAACAACACACCACGCUCUCCUGAGCGGACGCUUUACUCUAACAUACAAGCAGAGAGCCAAAUCAUGGCAACCUGCUCUGUGUACAGAAUAAACCAGUUCGCACAGCCCCUCGACUUCGGGCAUUGAAAGGUUAGAGUUGAUCUCACAUCCCUGACCCCUACAGUAUGCAUAGAUUCUGCUCUCUUCGGAAAAUGGGCGCUACUCAGAUUUAUUCGAAUGUGUCAGCGUCCUUAUUCCGAAAUUACACGUGAUUGCGAGUGCGGGUGUAUUACUCGCAAGCAGAACAGGGGUAUGUCAAGCACCAACCCCCUCCCUCCCCCGCAGCCUGAAUCUACCAACGGGAUUGUCAAUUCUGGUUGUUUUGUCCCGAAUUGCCUCGCAGAUCUCGCCAUUUUAUUUUCUGACUAAGCAAAGUCUACCGCCGGCGGCCGUUGAGUCCGUCCUGCGGCCUUCUGCUUACUGGGCACCGGGCCUUCUAUGUGCAUAUCGGUUGCCAUUUCCAUAAACAUGUCACGCCGACGCAGUAGUGACUAUGUACGUAACUGGAAAAAUCUGUAAUGUUUAGAUCUCGCUUGCGUCUACCUGAUGCUCAGCUUUCAUCUACUCUUCUAGGAUAGCAAUUGGAAUGGUCUUGUUAUCGCCUUUUACUAGACACGCUGGCAGGUCUCCCUAACUUCAUUUUUAUAACCGUUGGGUCACCAUGCCGAUGUAUCCGGCCCCACAAGAAUAAAAAAUUAGCAUUCACACAGUGAUUUUUUGAUGGAGUCACUUGUCUUUGUUUCCCAUAAGUAGGGAACGAGAAUUAGCGGACAUCAUUCUCGAUUUUGAGCUCCAAAUUAUCUUCGCAGAUGCUGGUUACAACCUGUAAAUCACAAAAUCACCAUGAGUGAAUAAAUUGGUCUUUCCCACGAUAAAGACUUUAGUCUUCAGUCGGCCUUGUUUAACGUUCUCAGAUUCGAAACAUUCGGAUUAGCAUUCGGCGUGGCUUGGUCCUGCAGCCCCACCUGAUCGAUACCAUACGGUUAGCUCCUUAAAACAAUCGUGGUAGAUGCGAGUACUCUGACUUUACAAAUAUCACGUGGUUGCACCUUCCUUACCAUUUUAAUCCAGCGAGUGACUGUGCCACGGGGGAAGGAGUAAUUAUAGGUCAGCCUUGGUUGCUUCAGGCAUCAGUUCACACGCGCUUUCCUUUGCGUGCUCCAAGCCCUGCUUGCACCCUCUUUACUAAACUAGUCCAGCGCGUUGCUAAGUAGGUGCGCUAAUUUUACUGCUCGAACGAACUACAAAUCUAUCGGUUCUACCACAAUGGCAUGCACUGCGAAUUACCACGCGGUUCUUUCCGUGGUCUUCCCGUUGUGAUUGCUCCCUCCUUAUCCAACUAAUCUAGCGAGUGACUGUGUCGCGGGAGAAUGGGUAUACGCCACCGUCACGCGCCUCGAGCUCUGCUUGCGCUCUCUUUCCCUUCCUAGUCCAGCGAAUGGUUAUAUUGGGUAUGCUAACUAAUAUUGUUUUAGUAAGCUAACCACAUGCUAUCAAUUAGGCGGGACUGCAGAACCAAAUCCCGCCAAGCAUCCCUCGUGAGUGCACUUGUCUAUCACUUCAGGUCCCUCCCUUAGGGUGCCAGUGGUACAUGCGUAUUCUUUUUGUCCUAGCAGUCGCAUAUCCAAAUCAGUAUAAUUUUUGAUGAGGGUUUUGGAAGGGGAAGUUAAUACUGUCCAUGUUUGUUUCCGAGAGACGCUUCUGUUACUUAAACCCUCGUCCUUGUUAUUCGUACAAAAGUGCCCUCCACCACGUCAAAGACGUCACCGACACGCUGGACGUAGGGAAUUCUGAAUUUCUCUAGUUGCGUUCCCUGCGACUUUCCAGUGGAAGUAUGCGCCUGAAAUGGCUCCACUAACAGUGAAUCUGUCCAACUGACUGCGUCUGGAGGAUAAAUCGGGUACUCAAGCCCUAACCUUGACGGGUGAUGGCCCAGGCUAUAUGCAGGACCAUGUGUCGCUCUUCUAGAUCAAAAGGUCUCUGAGUGUGUGCUAUGCUAGUCUCAGCAAACCAUGGUCCUCGCAGCUUGGUAUACGCUGGCAAUUCCGUGACACCUGGUUCUCUGCCGGUUGAUGCUCUUGCGUUCCCGCUAGAUACACAGGUGGUGGGCAUGGCAGCCCAGUGAUCAUCCUCGCUGCCCUGGGGCCUGUUCGGGUGUUGUUGUUGUCGUCAGCGAAAACUCCUAGUCGUUUGCUGCGUGGACCAAGGUGCGGCUCCGGCCGUGCCAGCCACCCGCGCCUUCCCCAACUUCCGGUCUUCUUGACUCUGUCUUGACACCAGGCCCAUGUCCGUAUAGCCUGUUGGUGCGGAGCACAGUCGUCCGGGUGUGCGUGAGGCGUUACUUUAGGACAACAUUACAUAGCACCACAUGGCGAUGCUGGUGCAGCAUCAUUAAAUUUCUACUUAUGGCCAUAUGGCAGCUCCAGAUCGGGACCGUAAGGCAACUGAACGAUCUAGUUGCCCUUCACAGCCAGAUCGAUGUGCAUUCUUUCAUCACGAAUUUGGACUUCCAUCUAGGAUGGAUGGGCCGGGUCUGAGACGACUUACAUUCCUAAGAGGAUCACUUCCCAACCAUAUUAUACGGUGGCUCCCCUGUGUCAGCCUUGGUCGAAUCGCGAUGCAUGGUCUGUAAAAAUCUGGCGGACACUCUCCCGUCAAUCUGCAACUACCUACCUCGGUUAGUUUUAAGUAUACCUGUAAGGCCGAAAGUUCGAUUAUGAUUUUAUGAAAACUACCGGUCACCUCUUAACUGGUAAACAGCUGUAUGCGAAAAGGCUAUAACAACCCACCACGCCCAACUUCGUAAUGUCACGUGAGGGUUUCGACUGGGGCUCCUGUGCGUGGGUGGUUGGUCGCGCCACGCAAAUAAUGACCGCUCUCCACGGUCUCUAUCUGGCACUCAACACUCAUCUUUCGUCCCUACCGCCCAAGCUGGACUCCGUCUGACGACCACACUCCGGUAACCGCGUAGACCAGUGGACUAAACUAGAUGAGCGUAUACGUUGCUGUAUGCCCCCAACCCCGCUAAUUCUGUUUCCAUGGCCAUCUAUCGCCCCUUACUUAUCUCCCCUCCCUCCAACCAUCUCCGACUUCAAAAUGUCCUGCGGGGAGGGCGACUUGCAAUGCUAUAGGCGACCGAAACCAAAAUCGGGCUGCUUUCCUAUAAAAACAAUCUGUGACACAUAGUGGAGUCCGGCAGCCGUCUGGGCUGUCUCAGCAGCCCUAUUUAGUGACAGCACUGUCCACCACCUACCCGCGGAGAAGGGACUAGAAAGCGUGCUUUUAAAAUGCUGGAAUCACGUUACGUGCACGCAGAAUGUGACUCGCACAGACAAAACUGUUAGUCAAAAAACAGUAACCCACGUCCCCACCGACCCUGCCCCACGCCACAGGCCGCCAGAAUGAGACCGCUCAAUCUGGCAGUCUAGAAUGUUCGUUUCCUUUUAGACAAUCCGAUGAUCAACCGGCCGGAGCUGAGGAUGGCGCUCGUCGCCACAAAAUGAACAUUGCCACUCCCUGCGAGACCCACUUCUCCGAACAAAGACAACUGGAGGAGGCAGAUGCCGGUUACACCUUCUUCUGA